UAAUGAUGCAUUCUAUUCAAAUUCAUAAAGUGAUCCAACUGAUGAUUUCUUUCUUUUGUCUCAUUGGCGUUUGGCAUUGUGGAGAUAAGCCCACGGUCAAGGAAUUCAGAAUUAAGUUAUUUUAUACCUUUUAUUAUCCACUUUUGGCCUUAUCAUUGGCGGUUGGGGCGAUUCAAAGUGAUAAAGAGGAUCAGUCGAUAUUCUUAGCAGAAGUAGCAAUCGAAGUGGCAGUUCUGACUACGAAACUCUGGCUCUUGAUUUGGAAACAGAAUGAAAUUCUUUAUUUGUUGAGUCGAGUUUGUGUCUUUUCGAUUCGAAGUGACGACGACUGGAAUCUACUUAACGCCAAAUUGAGAGGAUUCAUGAAUUUCGUGUUGGUUUUUUUAAUUCUAUCUGUUGCUGGUUCUUCAGGGUCACUAAUUUUAUCGUUUCGUGGAAGUGAGAAAACUUUUUUUUUGAAAAUUGCAUUUCCCAUGGAUUAUCAAAACAAUGAAAUUGCAUUCUGGUUUGCAACAAUUUUUCUCUCUACUGAAAUGGCUUUAACCGUAGUCGUAGACAUUUUUACAACAAUAAUUUGGUAUUUACUCUUGAUGUGUUCUUUGAGGUAUCAAGUGCUGGGAAAUGAGUUGAAGAAUCUGGGAAUCAUUAAGAAAAAGGCAGAAGGAAAGAUGACAAAAAAGCAUAUGCAAAACAAGUUUUUUGAAGAUUUGAAAGCGUCAAUUGAUGAUCACUUACACAUUAGGGGAUUGGCAAGCGAAUUGGAAUCCUUUUUCUCAGAUCUAUUUUUAGUACAGUUUGGCACCAGCGGCCUCUGCAUCUGCGGAUCCAUUUAUUGCCUAGCAUUUGAUGUCGGUGAAAAUCUACCGGAACGUAUUGUACACUUCCUGGCGUUUAUUUACUUUAUUUAUGGACUAUUUAUGAUCACGUACUUUGGGAAUGAGAUUAUGCUGUCUAGUAAUCGGCUAUCCUACAGCUUAUUUGAAUCAGACUGGUAUAACCAGCCCCAAUCAACCAAAAAGUGUAUCGUCAUUUUUGGUGAAUAUUUAAAGCGACCACAGGAGAUUGUGAUUGGCAAGUUGUAUCCAUUAACGUUGGAGACAUUUACAAGGAUUUUGAAUUCUGCCUACAGCAUGUUCAACAUUUUAAAAAGCUUUCAGCAAUGAAAAUUUUGUUAAGUACUUGGAAUUG